AUGUUUGGUACCAGUCAAACAGCUGCCGCAGAUGGCAAUGACUUGAGGGACGGUAGUCAUCAGACCAGCUCUGCUGAGGAAACACCUCAAUCGGUCGAGAAUCCAUACUUCACCAACACAGGCACAACUACACUACCACGUCGAAAACUUCCAAUGUGGCUCGAUCAUUUCAACGCUAGAGAUCUAAAGAUGUUUUUCAGAUGCUCAGUUGCUAUGUGGAUCAUGACCGUCUUUAUCUACAUUACUCCCAUACAAGAUGAAAUGGGCCAGGCGUCUUUUCUUGGCUGCAUUGUCUUAUGGCUUGCACCACCAUCAGGCACGAUAUUUAUAAACCUGAUAGCUGCUAUCACCGUAAUGCUGGGAGUCACAACCGCAUGGGGUUGGGGUCUAAUUACCAUGAAGGCUGCACUGGCCACUCGAUCGGACGCGCAUACACAAUCUCGGCUUGCCGAGCUUCAAAGAAUGGCCGCAUCUCAGAAUGCCACUGACCCUCAUAUCUUUGUCAAGGUCAAGAUUUUGAACGGUUUCAUGCUGGACUUAAACGUGACGGCGACGUACUUCUGUAUGAUAUGUUUGUACCUGUACAUGAUUGCUCGCCUUCGCGUGGCUGCUCCGAAGCUCAGGCUUACGCAGAUGAUGGGCUGCAUAGUCAGUGCUGUGUUUCUCACGCAGGCGCCGCUUUUACCAAGUUUCAAUGGAAAUAUUGCGAGGCCAUUGGUUCUUCCCUGCGCUAUCGCUGAAGGCAUUGCCAUGGUUUGCAGUAUCUUUAUCUUUCCAUCCUCUUCUGCAUCUGAAGCUCUUAACAUAUUUCAAGACCUGCUCGCGCCGAUGCCCACAUUUCUGGAUGCCUGUUACCUCGGACUCAAAUAUCCUAGUAUUACAAUGAGCACUGACAGGUUAACUGGGGUAAAGUUGGAACUCUUGGCAUCAUACAGUCGUCUGAAAUCCAUAAGUGCAUUUCUUCCCAUUGACUUCUCUAUGGGAAGGUGGAAUGGAGAUGACUUGAUCAAUCUCACUAUACCGCUACAAAAUCUCAUUAUUGAGUUCAUUAGCCUGCUCGAGAUACACAGACAAGCAGAAGCCCACAAGGAGAGAUCUGAGAAGGCUUUGGCCUUGGUUUCGAUGCAAGCUGGUCAAGGCAAUCUUGAGACCGGACGACAUCAGAUGAAUCAAGAGGCUGAGUUCCACAUACGUUCAAAAACCUCGCAACAUGUUGAAGAAGCGGAGCGAAAUCUCCGGGCGCUGUCUGAGCCAACUAAGUAUUUGAUUGAUACAUGCAAAGAGUCUCUGACAGCUAUCAACGAAGCUUUGAUCAAUGCAAGUACUUUCAAACAUAGCUCUGGCUACAAAAGUUCGUUGCAAAGACACGUUGCAGUCCUUGAGAAUUUGAGAGAACAAAUCAAAGUAUUUAAUUCCUCCACUUCUGGGUAUUUUUCUCUCUCGUCUUUUCAUAUUUUUAACGACGAUGGUAUUGUCCAAGAUGAAUUUGGCACUGUUCCAGGACUCACAGGCCUCAUGAUGGGGCUGCUCAUCCAAGAGAGAUUAUGUCAACUAGCGGGUGCCCUAUCAAAGCUACAAUCGAGAGUUAUCGAACUGGAAAAAAAUCGCAGUUCCUUUAGGUUUUGGCUGCCCACUCGAAUGGCUUCUGUUUUACGUUGGAUGUGCACGACAGAAAACUCAGAAGGGAUACCAGCUGCAGAUAUUGACGACAGCACAAUUGUCCGCAGCCCUACGACUGCAUCAGCGCAUUACGGUCUGCCGGUAGGCCUUCAGACAAGCCCAGAUGCCAAGUCAAGCCGGACAGAGCUCUCUUCAAUGAGAACACCUCACAAUCGCAGAAGGGGAAGAGCUAGUCAGUCCCUGUUGGUAGUCGCGCGCUGGCUAGGAAAUGCUGAAGGGAUGUUCGCCCUUCGUAUGGUGAUAAUGACUAUCGCUUUGUCCAUACCGGCCGUCCUUAGUUCCAGCGCAGGCUUCUAUUAUCGGGAAAAUGGCCUGUGGGCUGUGAUUAUGGCGCAGCUCACUCUACUUCCAUACACGGCGGAUGUUGUGUACGGGAUUAUUGUUAGAGUCACCGGGACAAUCGUUGGUGGUGUCGUUGGAAUGGCUGCAUGGUAUAUCGGUUCCGGCAGCGGUCCAGGGAAUCCUUACGGAGAGGCUGCCGCCAUGGCUUUGGUGAUUCUCCCCUUCAUGUGGUGGCGCGUCUUUUCCUCUCUCCCUUUGAUGCCUGCAGGAGUCAUGAUGGGAAUAACCGCGUACCUUGUUGUUAUCUACAGCUGGAUUGAUACGCAUAAUGAACCCUAUGGAAACCUUGGCAAGGGUUAUGAGAUUUUCUGGAGGCGCCUUACACUGGUUCUCAUUGGUUUAAGUGGCACCUUUGUCACUAAUUUCUUCCCAAAGCCUCCUUCCGCCAGUCGCCACUAUCGACACCAACUUGGCAAGAGCCUUAUUGGCAUACGAGACCAAUACGCACUUUUUGUUUCUAAUUGCGAAGCACCUGCGCAAGACUUACAUGCUGUGGCCGAGGAAGAGUCUCUGAAAGCGAUAGGGGAUCUCCUGUCUAUAUCAGGCCCAGUUAAGCUAACCGUGUUCGAAUUCUCAUCCUCUAAUUUUGAUACCCAUGCGCUCGGCCGCGUAUGCCAGCUCUGUAUGCUCAUACAACAAUCUGUCACACAGCUCUUAAUAUACACGACAAGAUUAUCAGACGCACAGCGGCAAUCGGUAAUUCUAUCCACUGAGAAAACCAAGGAAAACAUGGUUGUUGAGGUCAUGGCAGUCCUCACAAUGGUUCAACAAGCUCUAAAAACAGACGACCCGCUUCCUGCUAUGUUACCAACGCCGUUGUUUACUAGAGAGGUUGUAUUCACUAGACGUCGCAUUCAAAAGGUGCUUGACAACAGUGAAUUCAACAAAGAUUAUACCAUGGACAACGAGGGCUUGCGAAAGUAUGUUGUGCUACUGAACGCUCUCCUUCAGAUGUUUGCGGCGCUGGACGAAUUGGUCUUAGUUGUAAAGAGCGCUGUCGGCGAGACAAGUAAUAUUGCUAUCCUUGAGGUAUAG